AUGGGGAUGAAAUCCACCACCAGGUACAACCAGACAAUGCAUGAGCAAGAGUUUAUUGCUGUGGGCAGCCCAGAUGUUGAGGGCUACGGAGAGGGGACAAGCCAGAACAGGAGGAGCAAGCAAACUCAGGGAAGGCAGGCAGGCAGAAGAGACGUUCUAUCCCAUUCAACUUUGCCCAGACACUGUUGUCUUGCAGGAAACUUCAAAGGUCUGUGCAAGCAAAUCGAUCACCUCCCAGAGGAUGUGGACUACGAAGUCGACACAGCAGAAUAUUUCCUCUGGGCCGUGAGCGCCUCAAGCAUCUUCCCCAUCCUCAGCGUGAUUCUGCUUUUCAUGGGUGGGCUCUGCAUUGCAGCCAGGGAGUUCUACAAGACUCGGCACAACAUCAUCCUGAGUGCCGGCAUCUUCUUUGUGUCCGCAGGUCUGAGUAACAUCAUUGGCAUCAUAGUGUACAUAUCUGCCAAUGCCGGGGACUCCUCCAAGAGAGACUCCAAAAAGAACAGCUACUCAUACGGCUGGUCCUUCUACUUCGGGGCCCUGUCCUUCAUCAUCGCCGAGAUGGUCGGGGUGCUGGCGGUGCACAUGUUUAUCGACCGCCACAAACAGCUGCGGGCCACGGCCUGCGCCAUGGACUACCUCCAGGCCUCGGCCAUCACCCGCAUCCCCAGCUACCGCUACCGCUACCAGCGCCGCAGCCGCUCCAGCUCGCGCUCCACCGAGCCCUCCCACUCCAGGGACGCCUCGCCCAUGAGCAUCAAGGGCUUCAACACCCUGCCAUCCAUCGAGAUCUCCAUGUACACGCUCAGCUGGGACCCGCUGAAGGCCGCCACCACGCCCACCGCCACCUACAACUCGGACAGGGACAACAGCUUCCUCCAAGUCCACAACUGUAUCCCCAAGGAGAGCAAGGACUCGCUACAUUCCAACAUAGCCAACCGCAGGAAGACCUGCGUCUGAAGACCUCGGCCGGGGGGCUGCCCGCCUGGGGGAGGGAGGGCC